UGGCUCUGCUCCCAUCGCACUUACCUCCCCAAAUCUCACAUUCUUCCCCUCUUCCCAGACCAUCGCCCGUGUGUCGCGCGUCCCCGUCCACUUCCCCCGCGAAGGGAUUGAGCACCGAGUCCGUCAUUGCGAGGGUCCAGUUCCGGGCGUUACAACCUCCAUCCCCCACGCCACACACACCACCUACACACACAUAACCCCCCUAUCCACCAACUCGCCGCAAUGUCCAAAGUCGUGCGCAGUGUCAAGAACGUGACCAAGGGUUAUUCCUCCGUCCAGGUCAAAGUUCGAAAUGCCACAAGUAAUGACCCCUGGGGCCCUACGGGGACUGAAAUGGCAGAGAUUGCUGCCUUGACGUUCAGCAGCCCGACCGAUUUCUACGAGAUCAUGGAUAUGCUGGACAAGCGCUUGAACGACAAGGGCAAGAACUGGCGCCACGUACUCAAGUCAUUAAAGGUCCUCGAUUACUGUCUACACGAAGGUUCUGAGCUGGUCGUCACCUGGGCCCGAAAGAACGUCUACAUCAUCAAGACCUUGCGCGAGUUUCAGUACAUUGAUGAGGACGGUCGAGAUGUCGGACAAAAUGUCCGUGUUGCCGCCAAGGAACUUACAUCCCUCAUUCUGGACGAAGAUAGACUGCGCAGUGAGCGCUCCGACCGCAAGUUGUGGAAGUCUCGUGUGAGCGGACUCGAUGACCAAGGCUACGGGCAGGAACCGCCGCGCCGUGAGCGACGGGAACGUCGCCGUGCGACCAACGAUGACGAGGAUGCCGAGUAUCGGUUGGCCAUUGAGGCAAGCAAGUACGAAGCUGAGGAGGAACGCAAGCGUCGCGCUAAGGAGGCCGGAGCCGAGGAUGACGAGGACCUGGCUCGGGCGAUCAAGCUCAGCAAGGAAGAGGAAGAGCUGCGCAAGCGCGAGUUGGAGGAAAGCAACGCGCAGUCGCUCUUUGACGACGCCCCUGUGCCGACCGCCCAGGCACAACCCACUGGCUACAACCAGGGCUAUCAGCAGCAGAACGCCGUCGACUGGUUCGGCAACCCCAUCAAUCCUCAACAACCCCUGACUACGGGCUACCUGAACAACCAAUAUGCGCAGCCCACUGGGUUCCAGGGACAGAUGACGGGUAUGCCCAACGGAUACGCCAACGGAUUCCAAGGCCAACCAUCCGCAUUUGAUCAGAACCCCUAUGGGCAACAGCAGCAGCAGCAGAACUUUUUGCAGCCGCAAGCAACGCUACAACCGCAACACACUGCCUUCAAUACCAACAACCCUUGGGGCGCUACCGGCAGCACCGACUUCUUCUCACAGCAGCAGCAGCAACAGCCGCAGCAGCAACAACAGUUCCAGAAUCAGCCGCAGCAGGACAACUUCCUGUCCACCGGCACCAACAACCCAUGGGCUACUAAUCAGCAAUCGGCGGACGCGCUGAAGCCCAUGCCCACUGGAUCCAACAACCCAUUUGCGCAGCGCACGCAGUUCCAGCCCAAGCCCGCCCAGACUGGACCCCCGUCCUUGAACACACUGGCCGAAGAGCGGGUCACCACCUCGUUCAACCCCAUCGCCAACUUCCAGUCCCCACAGAACCUUGCACCGCCACAGCAGAACUUUGGACCUCCGAAGAGCACACCUCCGCAAAUGCAAGAUCCGCACCGCGCCCAGCUCAAUGCGCUGCUGGCGUCCGGCGAAGGCCAGGACACUUUCGGCAACACUGGCGAUCUGCGUAUCCCCGCGCAGCACACUGCUCCCGGUACAUUCGUCAACUCCGCUGGUCAAGGUUUGGAUCGGUUACGGGCCACACGCACUGGCAACAACCCUUUCUACGGCCAGCAGCCGCAGCAGCAGCAAUUUGUGCCGCAGCAGACGGGCUUUGCACAGCCAGCCAACAAUCCGUGGGGCGGACAACAGACAUACCAUCAACCUCAGCAGGGUGGCAGUUUGAUAGACCUGUAGAAAGAGGUGAUGAUGCGCGGUUGGGAGAGAGGUUCGUGAUGGUUUUUUGAGAUAUCUAGCCUGCGCCAGGCUUGGGUCUUUUAUGUUUUUUAUCAUUCCAUUUCUUGCUAGCUGCAGUUGUAGGAGUCGAAUCCGGAUACCAAUUUUUCUUGUUUUGUGAUGCACGUUGGCUCGACAUCUUUUUACAGAUGGUUGCCGUCCUGGUCUACCAGUCGAAGCACUUACUUUCCAAUCGCUGAAUCACCUCCGUCUUUUUCGAGAUCACCACCACCACGACAUUCCCUUACACCAUGCAAACCAAUCUAUCAAUCUCUGCCUCACCUUUAUUCCCUUUGUCCCAUCCGUGACCGCUUGCCUUCUCGCACGCUUAUAUGUCUGUUCCCUCACCUCUAUUCUUUUCACGGAAUUCUAUAUACCCUGUUUUUCUUUCUACCCACGAAUGACUUUGAUCUUCUCGAUUAUUAUUUUUUAUUUCUUUUCUCGCCCUCCUUCAUGUCCCUUACUUCCGUUUCUUUACUCUACCUACAUCUUAUAUUAUAUGGACUUUAGUUCUCUAUUCUGGUAGAUACUUUUAUUUUAUCUAGCUUGGCUACUUAGCUUAAGUUAGAAAUAAAAU